AAGAUCCGACCCAGCGCAAUGUUGUGUAUAUAACUUAAUUUUAAAUCAGGCGCCGCCAUUAGAGUUCGUCAUAUUGUUACUGAUCUAGUCAUAACCUGCCAUGUUUGUUCCGGCUCUUCUAAUCCUCCUGGUAGGCCUCAUAAUUUAUUACGUCAGACGUUCCCACACUUAUUGGAGGCGCCAUGGUGUGACAGAAAUACAUCCAAUCCAUCCAAUAUUUGGCAACGCUAGAGAGACCUUCCUUUGCAAUGAGUCGAUAUACGAGUUCUUCUUGCGAAUUUAUUCCAUAUUUAAAGCCAAACGAGUCAGAUACGGCGGAAUCUACACAUUCACAGCGCGCGCCCUUGUUAUCAUGGACCCCGAACUGAUCAAGGACAUCAUGCAGACGAGCUUUGAUCACUUCGAAGAUCGAGCUGGAUACAUCAACGAGGAAAGGGAGCCUCUCACCGCUCACUUGGUCAACCUCAAGGGGGCCAAGUGGAAGUCGAUGCGGCACAGGUUGACGCCAACAUUCACCUCUGGAAAAAUGAAGAUGAUGUUCCAGACCUUCGUAUACUGCACAUCCGGACUUAAGGGGAUGAUCGAGGGAUACGCUAGGAAUAAGGAGAGCGUUGAUAUUAAGGACGUACUAGCGAGAUUCACCACCGACAUAAUUGGAAAUUGCGCAUUUGGCAUAGAAUGUAAUUCCAUGAAAGAUCCCAGCUCGGAGUUCAGGGUCUACGGGAAAAAAGUGUUCGACAGAAACUUCUGGCAGAACGCGAAGAUUACGAUGACCAGAUUCGUCCCGAAAUCGGUCAUAAAUGCUUUGGGAAUUUACGUAACGAACCAGGAGGUGGCACAAUUUUUCACCAGGAUGAUAACGUCCACGAUCGAGUACCGGGAAAAGAACAACAUCGCACGCAGGGAUUUCCUGGACAUGCUACUGCAGCUCAAGAACCACGGACAACUGAAGAAUGACGACGGAGUGUUCGAACAAACCGGCGUCGAUGGUUCUCUUACCCUCAAUCAAAUCGCUGCCCAAUGUUUCGUGUUCUUUCUUGCCGGUUUCGAGACCUCUUCUACGGCGAUGACGUUUGCUUUGUACGAGCUUUCCCGGAAUCAAGUCGUCCAAGACAAACUCAGACAGGAAAUAAAUAGGGUUCUACGAAAACACGACGGAGAAAUAACUUACGAGGCCGUUCAAGAGAUGACGUACUUGGAAAACGUCAUCUAUGAGUCGAUGCGUAAAUUCCCUCCAGUUCCGGCAGUUCCCAGGACGUGUACGAAAACGUACAGGGUACCCAAUUCAAACGUGGUCAUCGAAAAAGGCAAAAUGGUUAAUAUUCCCAUAGCAGGGCUUCACUGGGACCCGGACUACUUUCCGGAUCCAGAAAAGUUCGACCCGGAUCGUUUUACAGAAGAAAUUAAAGCGACGAGGCCCCAUUACGCGUACUUACCGUUCGGAGGAGGUCCGAGAAAUUGUAUUGGUUUACGAUUCGGAAUGCUUCAAAGUAAGGUGGGCGUGGCCACGAUAAUCAGGAAUUUUCGUCUCACUUUGAACAGUAAGACGGAGCAUCCUCUGAGGUACGAAACGGGUUCGUUUAUUACAUCAGUGAAGGGAGAUGUCUGGUUGGAUGUCGAAAGAGUGUAGCCUUCUAAACUGUAAAGUGUAUAAAAUUUAUGAAAACAUGUUUAUAAUUGUCUUUAAUUUUAAGAAUUGCUUUUUAUUUUACAAUUUUCUCUUGUCUUAAUUGUAAUUAAAUCUGUAGCAAA